ACCAGUUUGUAUUCCCACCAGCAGUGUAUGUCUUGAACAUUUUUGUACAUCUCUUGGUUCAGAUGUUCAUAUGUACCUGGUAGCAGAAAUACUAGAGUUUACCACAUACCCACUGGGAUGCCUAAAAUUAAAAAGAAAAUAUCAAGGACCUGGAACAAAUGGUGGAAAUUUGUUACUGGUGGAAAUGUAAAGUGCUACAAUCACUUUGGAAAACUAUUUGAUAAUUUCUAGUAAAGUUAAACAUACGCCUACCCUAUGACCCAGUAAUUCCACUUCCAGGUAUUUACCCAAGGGAAAUGAGACUUACGUGUCCACAAAAAGACUUGUAUAAGAAAGUUCAGGGCAGUUUUAUUCAUAACAACCAAAAACUGAAAAUGACUCAAAUGUCCAAACGUGGAAAAGAACAAACUAUUGAUAUACACAACAUGGACGAAUCUUCAAAACGUUGUGCUGAGCAAAAGAAGCUAGACACGCAAGAGUACAAAUGUGUGUUUAUAUGAAGUUCAAGGGCAAGUAAAUCUAAGCUGUGGGGACAGAACUCAGAAAAGUGGUGGAAUGGUAACUAUGGAGUGGGAAGGAACACAAGGGAACUUUCUAGGGUGAGAGAAGUGCUCUGCUUCUUACGCUGGGUGCUUACACAGAUGUACACAGAGGCAAACAUUCACCAAGCUUUACGUUGAAGGAUUUCUGCAUUUUAUUGUAUAUGAAUUAAACCUCAAUGAAAAAAGUAGAUUGUCCCAAGUGGGGGUGAGGUUUUGGGGGAAAAUGAAACAGUAUAUUCAACCUGUUGUCAGAAUUCAGCUUAAUCUUUAAAUCUGCUUAAUAUGACAAGCUGGCUGAACUCACUGACUUUGUAAUUCAGCGUUUUGAAAUAUUCAAUCUUUGGGUGAGAAACCAUUUGUUCCCGCCCAAACCUGAGGAUUGCAAUCUCUGAGGAUGUCUCCACACAUGGGAAGUCAUAAAAUAAAUUAGCCUAGGACGACUAGGGGAACUUUCUAGACUCUCAUUCUGUUCUUAUGCCAUAUUUUCUGUGAGAAAGAUGGUUGUAAUUCCUCUUACAAAAAAGAAAAACACCACUGGGAUGUGCCCAUGUCCAUCUUUAUGAAGUAAUUUCAAAUUAUCUUCCAAACAUUGGAAGAUAUUUAUUUUUUUCCCCACCAGUGGUCAGUGUUUAUCAACUCCACAUCCUUUCUAAACUCUUGGUACUGUUAGUUUUAAAAAAUUUCCUCCAAGGAUUUCUUUUAAAAUAUAGAUCAGGUCAUGACACAUCCCUCCUCAAAACCCUCCAUCAGAUUAAUAAUAAAUCCUAAUGCCUUCAAAGUCCUCUGUGGCCGGGCCCCUCGUGCGUUCUUCUCUGGCACUCUCCCCUGCUUUGUUCCCUAUAAUUUCCCUGUCAUCACACUUUGUAAUCACCUGUGCCUUUGUAUUUUCCAGUAGACUGGAAGCUCCAUGAGGACAGGACAGGUAUGUCCUGUCCCACACUGUCCCCCUGCCCUGGCACUGGCCUGUUAAGUAUCUGUUGACUGAGCCCCCACUGGGAAGUGGCCCAGGAAGACUGGCCUGCUUCCCUUUGCUGGCACCAGAGGUGGGGGCCGAUGCCAAGUGUGUGCCCUCCCUCCGGCUUUUUUGUUCUGGCUUAUGCAUGGGCUUAACGUGGAUGACCAGAGCAACUGUGCAGGGGGGAAGCAGAAUGAGGCAGUGAGCAACUGGAGGGCGUGGGCAGUUCACCAAGGAAGCAAGCUGCGUGCAGACACUUUGUAAGGGUCAGCAUUGGGUGACUUCUAGGAUUUUGGGUGCAUGUGUAGGGGCCUCUGACAUCUAGUCCCAGUUAGCAGCAGCCCCUCCCUGUGCCUGCAAGUUGAGCAGCUCAGGCUCCCAGGAACAGCCCCGCCAUGGGGUUGCAAAGGAAAGGCUUUUGCUGAUUAUUCCACUUCUUUGCUCUUGCCAAACAUGUCAAAACUAGGACUUUUCCUCUCCCCUCUCCCCAGCAAGGCAGCCGGUUACCUCAGAUGCCUCCUUUGUUGGGUCAGAAUCCCUAGGAGUGACUGACUUCUGCGAUGGGAGAGGUGUUUCCUCUGGUGCCUCCUGCACCAGCUGCUGCCCAGCCCCCACCUUCAGUGGCCAUAGUGGUCCAGGUUCACCAGAAACCAGGUUUCCCCAGCGAGGCCCCUUGCUCCCAUAACUUGCUCAGCCUGGAAAGUCACCGCCUCCCAGAUCCACUUGCCUCAUGGCUGGCUCUCCUCAGAUCACUGGAUGCUGGGAGCAGGAUCCUGCAAAGCCAAGUUCCUUUCCUUAGAGUUGGUUGUGGAAAUGGCAGAAGAGGACCUGGAAGAGUCAAUGACCUGGCUUCUCCUUUACAGACUGUCCAGCCAAGGCCAUGCCUAGAGUCUGGCCUGCUAAAUGGAUCAAUAGAACAUUGGAAGAAACACAUUGGAGCCAGUGCUGCUGGGGCCCCUGUGGAUUACAGCCAGGAGCCCUGGGGUCACGCUGUAGCAGCCUGGCGCCUGAUGAGUGACGGGGAACCUGCCAGGGGAUUACUGCUAGCGAGCAGGACAGCCAGCCUCAGGGGAGUGGGGAUGGGCAGAGCAGCCUUGGAGCCCGGGCCAGCAGCACCAAGACGGAGGCCUGGGCCCUGGCAGGGAGCUCGGCACACGCUCGGCUGACCCAGGCGGCAUUCAAAGCAGCACCCUUCUGAGCAGCAGCUGUUCCCAGGCCCCAGAGGACCUCACAGCAGGGGCAGGAGUUAUGAGACCCCCUACGCAACUGCAUCCAGGGCUGUGACCUUCAGGAGAAAGGACUGGCACCUCAGAUGGGAAGAGGAACAGCAGAACCUAACACAAGGAGGAUCUUGGUCUCUGCAGCAGAGUUUUCUGACACCCACAGAGCUUCCUGUGUUUCUUCUCUCAGGAUUGGGGCCUGGUUCCCUCCCCUGGCAGAGGGGUUGGGCCAGGAGGGCCAACAGAGGUGGGGGCGACUCUUGCAUGGAAUCCAGGCAGCUUGAAGCCCAUGUGUUCUCUGUUGUGAUUGGGGUGCGAAGGCUUCCCCCCUGUGGGGGACGAGGGGCCGCCUCGGCAUCUGCUCAUGAACCACAAGGACCCCGAAUGCUCCAGACUGGACCGUUUCAAGCUGCCAAAGAAGGGGGCCCCCAGAGCUGGCAGCCAGCAACUCCAAGGGACUAGAGAGCUGGGAUGGAUUGACCUCCCUUUCGCUGGGGCGGCGGGAGAAGCAGAGCCUCUGUGGCCCAGCUAGUGACGGAGAGAUCUGAUGAAGCCGUAAGCAGGGGCCUGAGUGGCUCAAGGACAGGGGAGCCACUCCUGCCUACGUACUUUCUCCUUACGUUGAGGGAGGGUGGGACCCCUGCUGCUGUCCUCUUCUUGGCACGUGCCUCUAUGCCCUUUGCACGUGGUGCCAGAAUCGGCAGGCUACACCGUGGCUGGCCCGUCAACAGGCUGGGAACGGAGUGGCCACGGUGACACCCUCCUGCCCACCAGGCUGGUGGUCCAGCCCCCGGGGCGCUGAGCCAUGAAGUGCUCCCUGCGGGUAUGGUUCCUCUCCGUGGCCUUCCUGCUGGUGUUCAUCAUGUCACUGCUCUUCACCUACUCCCACCACAGCAUGGCCACCCUGCCCUACCUGGACUCGGGGUCCCUGGGUGGGACCCACCGGGUGAAGCUGGUGCCCGGCUAUGCUGGCCUGCAGCGUGUCAGCAAAGAGGGGCUCGCUGGCAAGAGCUGUGCCUGCCGCCGUUGCAUGGGCGACACCGGCGCCUCUGACUGGUUUGAUAGCCACUUCAACAGCAACAUUUCCCCCGUCUGGACUCGAGAGAACAUGGAUCUGCCCCCGGAUGUCCAGAGGUGGUGGAUGAUGCUGCAGCCCCAGUUCAAGUCACACAACACCAACGAGGUGCUGGAGAAGCUAUUCCAGAUAGUCCCAGGCGAGAACCCCUACCGUUUCCGGGAUCCCCACCAGUGUCGGCGCUGUGCUGUGGUGGGGAACUCAGGCAACCUGCGGGGCUCUGGCUAUGGGCCGGAUGUGGAUGGGCACAACUUCAUCAUGAGGAUGAAUCAGGCUCCAACUGUGGGCUUUGAGCAGGAUGUUGGCAGCCGAACCACCCACCAUUUCAUGUACCCUGAGAGUGCCAAGAACCUGCCUGCCAAUGUCAGCUUCGUGUUGGUGCCCUUCAAAGCCCUGGACCUCCUGUGGAUUGCCAGUGCCCUGUCCACAGGGCAGAUCCGAUUCACCUAUGCCCCAGUGAAGUCCUUCCUUCGAGUGGACAAAGAAAAGGUCCAGAUCUACAACCCAGCCUUCUUCAAGUACAUCCAUGACCGGUGGACAGAGCAUCAUGGGCGGUACCCUUCCACAGGGAUGCUCGUGCUCUUCUUUGCCCUGCAUGUGUGUGACGAGGUGAACGUGUACGGGUUUGGGGCCGACAGCCGGGGCAACUGGCACCACUACUGGGAGAAUAACCGGUACGCAGGCGAGUUCCGGAAGACGGGCGUGCACGACGCCGACUUCGAGGCCCACAUCAUCGACAUGCUGGCCAAGGCCAGCAAGAUCGAGGUCUACCGAGGGAACUGAACCCGGCCUCGCCGCGACCCUUCCGGCCCGGCCGCGAGUCGCCGGUGCGCGCUCCCAGCAGGGACUCGAGGCCAGCCCGGGCGCGGCGGCCUCGGCGUGGGCGCGGCGCCGGCUGCGCGUCUCCGGGCAAUCGGCAGCGACGCCCAGCCGCGGUCUGGACCAAUCAAGCUGCAGUCCAGCGAGUGCUGCUGUCCCCCGCCAAUCAUGAGACUCUGGGGGCCGGCCCAAGCCUGGCACCAAUCAGCGCUGCAGUCGGGCUGAGCCUCUGUUUUUCCCAACCAAUCAUGCGACUCAAGGAGAACUUCCGGCGCUGGGACCCGCCUCCUCCAAUCAAUGGCCUUUGGAGGCGGGCCAGCGGCCGCCCAGUCCCCACCCCUUUCUGCUUUUGGGUAGGGUUUUAUUUCAUGCUUUUUAUGGAGUAGGGGUUGCUUCUGC